GCUGAGGUGACCCUGUAGGACUACAAUGUAUAGGAAUAUGCCAGUUGACCUCGGUAAUGCUAUUCAGCACUCUCUUCAUUCUCUUCAUUCGGAUCACAUCAACUGCUGUUGUUUGUGUGUCUUUCUCUUGUGUGUGGUGCAGUUCUGGUCCGCCACGGCCAGAGCGAGGGCAAUUUGGCUCAGCAGCUCGCCAAGGACAAUGUUGAGUUUUGGGAGCGGCACUGGUCGCCAGAGUUCAGAGAGCGCCACAACAGCCUCUAUCGCCUCACUGACAAGGGCAGGUACCAGGCCAAGGUGGCGGGCCAGUGGAUCAAGGGGCACAUCACACCCGUAUUCGACAAAUACUUCACAUCUGAAUACGUCAGGUGCGAUGAGCUGCAUGCCAUUGAAUGGAUGGAUGGAUGGAUUGAUGGAGGCAGGCAGGCGGAUCGAUCGCCCCAUCCCAUGCAAUGCAUGUGCUACAUACACCUGUGUUGGUUGUGUGUGUCAGGGCGAUGGAGACUGCGGCCAAUUUGGAUCUGCCUGGCGCUCGUUGGGUGACCGAGAUGUACCUACGUGAGCGCGACCGAGGUGUGCUGGCCAACAAGCCCCACCCGGAGAGGGAGCUCUUCCAUCCUGAUGAGAUCAAGAGGCGGGAACGGGAUGCAUUCUACUAUCAGGUGGACGGAUGGAUGGAUGGAUGGAUGGAUGGAUGGGCACGGUGGAUGGCAUGGCUGCGGGCGUCUGUCUGUUUGGUUGCAGCCUGCUGGUGGCGAGUCUAUCGCUAAUUUGUGUCUGCGGGUCGAUCGUGUGAUCGAGCACUUGUCGGAAAAUGCUGGCGGCCUUAAGGUCAUCAUCGUCUGCCACGGAGGUACACACACACACACACACACACGACGGAUGGGCAUGUAAGGAGAUCGAGCUCAUGUCGGUGUGUCCAUUGCUGCGUUGGCGCUUGCACCAAUGCCUGCAGGAGUCAUCAAGUCGUUUCGUGCGUUGAUCGAGCGUGUGCGUCAGACGGACUACAAGCAGGUGUUCAUGGAGAAGGGCUCCAACAAGAUCCACAACGGGCAGAUCGUCUGGUACACAAGAAGAGACCCCACCACAGGUGAGUUGAGUUGUUGAUACGACACGCCAGACGAGCCCACCACACCGCUCUCGUGACAAAUACAUAACACGCCGUAUGUAUGUUCUUCUCUCUGUUGCUAUCUAUGUGUCCACAGGCUACAUAUCAUCCAAGUACAACUGGGUCAAGUCGGUGUGUCCCUGGGACCUGAGCGUGUCAUCCAACGAGUGGCGCGAGAUACGCCGGCCCGUCUACUCCAACGAGGAGCUCCUCAAGUCGGUCCAGCAGGUGCCGCAGAUGGUCAACGCGCGACACGACGUCCUCCUCCACCGCCCCCAGCGCAUCUUGAUCCCAGUGGGGUCGUCGUCGGCGGCAUCCACCGGCCCCAUGAUCAGGCGCACAGUGACUGACGACAAGUAUGGGCGUGAGGCGUCCCCGUCCCCGAGUGUGGGUGACGACAAGAGCCUGCGGCCCGAGGGCUCCCCCAUGAUGUCCGAGUAUGAGGUGCCGUCGCCCACGGAGGACACCAAGAAGGAGCCCAUCGACAAUGGAGUGGCCGAGUCGGACUCGUCGAGCGAUGUGGACAUGGAGGGCUGGGAGGCAAUGGGCUUCCCCGUCACCCAGGGCAGCUGGAUGCGCGGUGCUUCACCCCAGUCGACCACACUGUCGGUCCCAUCCAAGCCAUCCAGGCCGACCCCCAAGGGCGAGAGGCAGCAACAGCGGCAGCAGCAGCCAUCAGCAGUCUGCAUGGUGCCGUCUGGUGCGAACAUCGCCCCACUGGUCCAGGUCAAGGAGAGCAAGUCGCAACGGUGGGAGGUGUCCCAGUCAGUGCAUCCCGACAGCGCCGCCCCGCACAUCCAGGUCAAGGUGCGGAAGAGGGGGCACCACAGGCAUGGCACCCACCACCGCCAGGGGCCACUAACCUCCGCCAAGAGGCGCAUCGACGCCGCCCUCUCGCCCACCCGACGAGCCACUGACCCGCUCCUGUCGAGCGGCACACCGUCCAGCGCCCCCGCGGCUGUCAGCCGUGCAGAGACGCCCUCCAAGUCUGGGAGCUGUCCUGUGGAUAUCGAGAAGGAGCUGGUCGUGCCCUGCAUUAUGGGAGGCGGAGGGCAUGAGUCUGACGGGUCUGACACCGACAGCGACUUCAUCGACCUGCGCAUCGACUUGGGCGUCAUCGACCCUCGCAAGCACUUCUGGGCCUCGACCGUGACGGCAUCGCGGCCGGUGCAUGUGUCGUCGGUGCCGCUCAAAGCCCUGCCAGACGACGGGUCAUCGAUGGACCCGUCAGGGCAGACAGGCGGCAGCCCCAGCCCGAGUCGAUCCAGCUCCCCUCGGGUGCGCGUCAGCCCUGUUCCCUCAUCGCCCGAAGCAUCGGUGCCCCAUCUGGAGAAGAACCGCGACCAGAGAAGCGCUUUCCCGCCCUUCGCAUACUCUGACCCUGAGGUGCACGGGCAGAAGGCAGUCGCUCGGGGCCAUGUGGGUGAGGGAGGGGCAGGCGGGGUGGUCAUCCAGGCCGUCGCCGAGCAGCAUGUCGUCCAGGGCACAGCAGUUGUCGACCAGUCGUCCUUGUCGAGUUCAUAUGGUCGCAAAGCCUUCAAGAGCAACUGGUCGCUCAAGAGCUACAACAACUGGAAGGCCAAGAGGGGGGCGCGAUCGUCCAAGGAGAUCCUGCACAUCCCUCCUCUUCCCGUUCCACUGUAAGCAGCGACAUGCACUCAAGACGGAAGUAUUCAUCCGAUGGUGUGUGUCUGUAUGUGUCGCCAUCUUUCUUCAUGCAGGUCUGUGACGUCACCCCCCUCGCCCGUCCUCCCACCGGUCGACACUGACGAACUCUACACGAGUGUGCAUCUGCCGACCAAGGCACCUGAUGCCGACCGCAGGCGCCGCCCACCCGUCGCUCUGCAGAUAACGACCAAGCUUGGGGGCGAGCCUAGCAGUGCCAUCGAGUUGCCGGCAGGCCGCUCGGACCGCUUCUUCGGUGUGGGCACGAGUCAGGAGCCUCCCAGUCCGUCAUCGACCUUCUCCAACUACAGCAGCUCCGAUGCCAUCACUGACGAGCAGCACACUGGUCAGCAAGGGGCCGCCACACGCGACAUAUACGAGACGACGCCUGGGGCUAUCAUCUUCCUUUCUCUUGCUGCCUUCGUGUGUGCAGCACCCGUUGUCGAUCGUCUCAAUUUGUCGCCGCCCAAGAGGAGACCAAGCCAUGCCCACCAGCAGCAACAGCAGGGGCAGGGGCAGGGCACGGCAGUGGAGCGGCAAGGCGAUGUCGAUCCGCCCGAGGGCACUGACCGGCCGCCCUCGUCGGCGUCCAACACGUCCUCCGGGUGGUCGGCGAUGCUGUCGCAAUCAAGUCCCUGACGGAGAGAUACAGAAGACGUGCUCACGGAGGCAGUUGUCGGUGGAUGGAUGGAUGGGAUGGAUAGAUGGAAGUGGUCAUUUAAGGGGAGGGGCUUGUCUGUUGGUAUGUAUCUUGGCGCGUUUGGGGAGUCAGAGGGCUUCACACCGGCCUGGAUGGGAUGCGCAGUGUACAGUACACCACACCCUGCGUCUCGCUUUUCGCUGCCUUUCUCGGCCCUUCGUUAGCUAGCUGCCGUCCUGUAAAGGACGGACUUUGUUGCGGUUUGUGAGUUGAAGCGAGCUCACAGGGAGGGAGACACCACGAACAGACAGACAGACAGAUGGCAGCAGUGUCGCAGUCUAGGGGGAGCGUUGCUCGGGCAAGAGAACGACGGCAUGGAUUGAUUGAAGAGAUUUGGUGUACGUACUUAGGAAGAUCCACAACACCAGUGGAGACGGACCGUACGUCAUUGAUGCGCUUUUGAGAUUAUGCUACGAG